UGCAGGCGUCAUCUUUUUUCCUUCCCUCUGAAAGUGGCGCUUCAUUCAGGAGAUGGAGAAGACAGAUUUCAACACAGUGCUAAUUCCCUGUAUAAACCAGCAUCUCCUCAAGAAGAGGAGCCUUUGCUGGAAGAGCUGCCAGGGAACAGAUACAGUAGGCCAAAACCUAGUGAUCGCUUCAACAUUGCCUACAUUAUUUUCUUCAUCCUGGGCACUGGCUCUCUGCUGCCUUGGAACUUUUUCAUUACGGCAAAACAAUACUGGAUGUACAAACUGCAGAACUGCUCAGCCCAGGCGGCGGAGGGGCAGGGAAUCUCUGAUCUCCGUGACUUUUUUGAAAGUUACAUUUCCAUUGCUUCAACUGUGCCUUCAGUACUUUGCCUGAUUGGAAACUUCCUGCUAGUCAACAGGGUGUCUGCUACUGUCCGCAUUCUCUCUUCCUUGGCUGUCAUGCUGACUGUGUUCUUGGUGAUCACCGUGCUGGUAAAAGUGGACACUUCUACCUGGACAGAGUUUUUUUUUGCCAUAACCAUAAUUUGUGUGGUUAUUAUCAGCGCUGCCUCAACCAUCUUCACGAGCAGCCUCUUUGGCCUGAGUGGUUGCUUCCCCAUGAAGAAUUCACAGGCCUUGAUAUCAGGCCAGGCCAUGGGAGGGACAGUCUGUGCUGUGGUAUCAAUAGUGGACCUGGCAGCUGCAGCUGAUGUUACAGACAGUGCCUUGGUCUUCUUUGUGACAGCAGAUGUCUUUAUCUUGGUCUGCAUUUUGAUGUACUUGAUUCUUCCCACAUUGGAAUACUCCAGAUACUACAUGACAAUCCAGACGGAUAGCACAUACUCACCUAGUAUAUUUCCCAACAGCUCUUUAAGGGAAGAGAAUGAGUCCCAAAGUAUCAACAGCUCAUUUCCAACAAAAAGAGCCAGAGACAAAAACAGCCCUCCUUUGCGUCUCAUCCUGAAGAAGACUGCUGUCCUGGGAUUCUGUCUCUUCUAUGUUUUUUUCAUCUCUAUCGUCAUAUUCCCUUCUGUCUCCUCCAACAUAGAGUCUGUCAAUAAGGACUCAGGGAGCUUGUGGACCAAUAAGUACUUCAUACCUCUUACCAGUUUCCUUUUGUAUAAUUUUGCUGACUGGUGUGGACGACAAAUCACUGCCUGGAUCCAGGCCCCUGGCCCAAAGAGCAAACUACUGCCUAUUCUGGUUUUCCUGAGGACCUUCUUACUCCCCCUAUUCAUACUAUGCAACUAUCAGCCUCGGACACAUUUCAAAACAGUGUUCUUCAAGACUGAUGUCUACCCAGCUGUCUUCAUUACACUUUUAGGACUCAGCAAUGGUUACUUAGGUACUUUAGCUAUCAUUUAUGGCCCAAAGAUCAUGCCGAAAGAGUUGGCAGAGGCAACGGGUGUGGUGAUGACAUUUUACUUAAUGUUAGGGCUGGCAAUGGGAUCUGCCUUCUCAGCUCUUGUUGUCCAUCUCAUAUAAAAGAGUAGUGGCAGGAUGAACAGUCCCCAUUCUCUUUGUGUAGUUGUCUUUGGAAAUUUCCAAAGGGCAGAAUAUAGCUGUUUGACAAGUCCUACGUGCCUCAAGAAGGCAGGCACUCUGACAAGUGUUAAAGAAAAGCCUUUAAAAAAACACCAGCCGCACAAGACUUUGGAACUUAGUUGUGCAUUUCCAUUUGCAGUGGGCUGCUGGGGUCCUGCUGCUCU